AUGCAACAUCAACAAAAGUAUUUUUGGAUAUGUGUCUAUGGUUUAUGCACAUUGUUCUUAUUCAGCAUUUUAAUUUAUGAUCAUUAUCGAUCUUAUUCUAAUUUCUAUGAUCAAUUAACUACUGAAACUGUCUCGAUUGAAAAAGUUCUUGAACACAUUCCAAUAUGUACACCAAAAGAUCGUCCACGUCAAAGAAACCUUUUGACUAUGCUUCAAGCAUGGUCUCAUUUAGCAGAACAACAUCAUAUUCCAUAUUGGAUAUCAUAUGGAACACUUGUUGGCUAUGUUCAACGUCGUGGAUUAUUACCACAUGAUUCAGAUGUUGAUGUAAUAAUGAUGUCUGAUGAUACGCCACAACUUAUUAAACUUUCUCAAUUGAACUUUUCUUCUGAUUAUGUGAUUAAAGUUCAACCACAAUGGUAUAUUGCGAAUCACAGUUAUCGUUCUUAUUUUCGUAAAGAUGGUAUUCAUUUUGUUGCACCUAAUGCAAGAUUCAUUCAUCGAAAAACACAAUAUCAUGUUGAUAUAUAUCCUGCAUAUGAUUUUCAUCCACUUUAUGCAAUUAAAUCAACAGAAGAUAAACAAUCAGAAAAUUUAGCAAUCCAGGCUCUUAGAAAUCAUUGGUUAUCAUAUCCUAGAAAUUGGACAUAUCCAUUAGAAACAUGUUAUUUUAGUGAAAUAAAAGUCUUAUGUCCAGCACAACCUGAAAAAUUUGUAGCAACUAUAUAUGGUUCUAAUGCUGUAAGAAAAUCCGAUACUAGAUGUGUUCAUGGUCGUUGGGUCGCAGCGAUUUAA